UUCCAGGUUGCCGUUACCUAAACUUCUCAGAACUCAUCGUCUGCAUUCUGAAGCUUUCAAACUUUUGUGGAUUUUCAUAAAUUAAAGGCGAAACAAGCCAAUUUCCAGUUUUUUCUUUUUUGGGUUAUUGAUUUUCUUAGUCUAUUGCUUUCGGGUUGUGAAAAGUUUGUGUUUUUCGAGUAAUUGGGUAUUUACCGUAUUGGAAAAUGGAGGUUUCGGUGUUUCGCAGCUCUCAGGCGACCGUCGGGAAGGCCGAAUUGGUUCGAACGGAGCUCGGGUUCUGUAAAUUGAAUGGUAAUUUGAAGACCAACAUCUGUUUUGGUCAAAGGACGACCUGGAAAAACGCCCGGCUUCAGCUUACUGUGAGGGCCGUACAAUCUGAAGCGGUUCGGUCCGAUAAAGUUUCGGGUCCUGCCAGAAGAUCCAAACAGAAUGAUGGAGUAAGAUUAUUUGUUGGGCUACCCCUAGAUACAGUUUCAGACUGCAAUGCGGUAAACCAUGCUAGAGCAAUUGCAGCUGGGUUGAGGGCUCUGAAGCUAUUGGGGGUGGAAGGAGUAGAGCUCCCCGUCUGGUGGGGAAUGGUUGAGAAAGAAACCAUGGGGAAAUAUGAAUGGUCAGGCUACCUUGCUGUUGCAGAGAUGGUUCAGAAAGCCGGUCUCGAGCUUCAUGUGUCACUCUGCUUCCAUGCAUCGAAACAACCGAAGAUCUCACUCCCUGAGUGGGUAUCUCGCCUUGGUGAGUCCCAACCUAGUAUCUUCUUUACAGAUCGGUCAGGGCAGCAAUACAAAGAGUGCUUAUCAUUGGCUGUCGAUGAACUUCCUGUUCUCAAUGGAAAGACUCCAAUCCAAGUUUACCACGACUUCUGUGAAAGCUUUAAAUCUUCAUUCGCGCCGUUCCUGGGUUCCACAAUAACGGGCAUCUCAAUGAGCCUAGGACCCGAUGGUGAGCUUCGAUAUCCUUCUCAUCACCGACUAGUCAAAAAUAAAAUUCCUGGGGUUGGAGAGUUCCAAUGUUAUGAUGAAAGCAUGCUUAGCAAUCUUAAACAACAUGCUGAAGUCACCGGAAAUCCCUUGUGGGGUCUUGGCGGUCCUCAUGAUGUUCCAAACUAUGACCAGUCACCGAACUCAAGCAACUUCUUCAAGGACCAUGGGGGAUCAUGGGAGUCUCCUUAUGGUGACUUCUUCCUUUCCUGGUACUCAAACCAGCUCAUAUCUCAUGGAGAUCGUCUCCUGUCGCUUGCCUCUUCAACUUUUACAGACGCUGAAGUGACAAUUUAUGGCAAAGUCCCACUAAUUCACUCUUGGUACAAAACAAGCUCCCACGCUUCUGAGCUAACAUCUGGCUUCUACAAUACAUCCUCUAGAGAUGGUUAUGAAGCAGUUGCCCAGAUGUUCGCAAGGAAUUCGUGCAAAAUUAUAUUGCCUGGAAUGGACCUAUCAGACGAAAAUCAGCCACAGGACUCCCUUUCAAGUCCUGAGUUAUUACUAUCACAAAUUACAACAGCUUGCAGAAAGCAUGGGGUUGAGAUUGCUGGGCAAAACUCAUCAGUUUCAGGAGGUCGUGGGGGCUUUCAACAGAUAAAGAAGAAUUUGAUGGGAGAGAAUGUAAUGGACCUGUUCACUUAUCAGAGAAUGGGAGCUGAUUUUUUCUCACCAGAACAUUUUCCUUCAUUUUCGAAGUUUGUUUGGAACCUCUAUCAACCGGCACUGCCGUCAGAUGAUCUACCUAUCGAAGAAGAAGUUGUUGAAUCUGUACAUUCGAAUUCAGAAUCAGUCAACCACAUGCAAGCUGCUUAGUAGGAGUUAGAAUUAUAGUGAAUAUAUAAAACUUGUAUACUAUACUUGUAUCUGAUGGGUAUUAGGCAAAAUCAUAUAAGCUAAAUCUUAACAAGAAUGGCCAGUAUAUUACUGGCAUUACCCUGUACCUCCUGUACCAAAAACUAUGGUCAUGUGAGCAAUUUUAGCUUCGUUUGGAUUGGAUGGUAAAUGUUCAUGUUACUUUCACUC